AGGGUUUAAGAUAUCAAUUUCACUUUAUAACUUUCAUUUUUUUUCGCCAAUUUUUCUGAUCCACGUUUCCUGGAAAAAUCCGUUUUUCUCGUUUUUUUUUUUAAAUUUUCUUUUUGGGGGCUUUGUUGUCGGUUUGUUCGUUCAUGUACAGAUAACUAUUCGGAUGAAAUCCCAGCCAGAUUUCAAUUCGAAUAUGUUGAUUUGUACUCACCAUGUAUUGUUCGUAGUUAAUACGAUCAAUAUUAUACCUAGCAGGGUCUGAAGCAUGUAGAAUCUAAUUUUUUCCCCUACUGGGUUUAGAUUCAUUGUUUGAAAUUAUUUGCACUAUUUUUCAAUUUCAUCUUUUUAAUUGUAACUAUAGCGUGACUAUGUAUCUCACAAUUUGCCCUAUAACCUAUUUUGACCGUUGUCUGAAUUUUUUUUUAACUUGUAUUGGGUGGAUUGCAGUGGCAUUUAAGUCGAGGGAGGAUCAUCGCAAACAGAUUGAGUUGGAGGAAGCACGUAAAGCUGGACUUGCGCCAGCUGAGGUGGAUGAAGAUGGAAAGGAAAUCAACCCUCACAUUCCUCAGUAUAUGUCAUCUGCACCUUGGUAUCUUAAUGCUGAGAGACCUAGUUUGAAACAUCAAAGAAAAUGGAAAUCAGAUCCCAAUUACACCAAAUCAUGGUAUGACCGAGGUGCUAAAAUCUUUCAGGCAGACAAGUAUCGAAAAGGUGCAUGUGAGAACUGCGGGGCUAUGACACAUGAUGCUAAAUCAUGCAUGGAAAGGCCACGGAGAGUGGGAGCAAAGUGGACAAACAAACACAUCGCCCCUGAUGAAAAGAUAGAAACUUUUGAGCUUGAUUAUGAUGGCAAGCGGGACAGGUGGAAUGGUUAUGAUGCAUCAACUUAUGCUCGAGUGAUUGAAAGGUAUGAAGCUAGAGAUGAAGCUAGGAAGAAAUACUUGAAAGAACAACAGCUGAAGAAAUUGGAGAAGAGCAACCAAACUGGUGAGGAUGCUGCCAGUGAUGAGGAUGAAGAGGAAGAUGAUUUAAGAGUAGAUGAGGCAAAGGUUGAUGAGAGCAAACAAAUGGACUUUGCCAAGGUUGAGAAGCGUGUGCGUACAACAGGUGGUGGAAGUACAGGAACUGUUAGGAACCUACGUAUUCGAGAGGAUACUGCAAAAUAUCUUCUUAAUCUUGAUGUCAAUUCUGCACACUAUGAUCCCAAGACCAGGUCCAUGCGUGAAGAUCCUCUUCCAGAUGCAGAUCCAAAUGAAAAGUUUUAUGAGGGUGAUAACCAAUAUAGAAAUAGUGGUCAAGCAUUGGAAUUCAAGGAACUAAACAUCCAUGCUUGGGAAGCAUUUGAUAAGGGACAAGAUGUUCACAUGCAAGCAGCUCCAUCCCAAGCUGAGUUGCUCUAUAAGAAUUUCAAGGUCAAGAAGGAGAAAUUGAAAUCUCAAACAAAGGAAACCAUUAUUGAGAAGUAUGGCAAUGCAGCCGAUGAGGACAAACUUCCAAGAGAACUUCUGCUGGGUCAGAGUGAGAGGCAAGUCGAGUAUGAUCGUGCUGGUAGAAUAAUUAAGGGCCAGGAAGCAGCACUACCCAGGAGCAAGUAUGAAGAAGAUGUUUACAUUAACAACCACACGACUGUUUGGGGCUCAUGGUGGAAGGAUCACCAAUGGGGCUACAAGUGCUGCAAGCAGACAAUACGUAAUAGUUAUUGCACUGGUGCUGCUGGUAUUGAGGCUGCUGAGGCUGCAGGUGAUCUUAUGAAAGCUAAUAUUGCCCGUAAGGAGGCUGCUGUAGAGGAUCCUACACCUGUGGAGGAGAAAAGGCUUGCUACAUGGGGUACUGAUGUCCCGGAUGACCUGGUUCUGGAUGAAAAACUGCUUGCUGAUGCGCUCAAGAAGGAGGAUCUAAGAAAGAGAGAAGAGAGAGAUGAGAGGAAACGCAAAUAUAAUGUUAGAUGGAAUGAUGAGGUUACUGCAGAGGAGAUGGAGGCAUACAGGAUGAAGAAAGUACAUCAUGAUGAUCCAAUGAAGGAUUUGCUACACUAAACUUGAAAAGUAAAAGGCCUGCAUUCCUUUCGUUACAAGUUAAGGCAAAAGGCAUGCAUCCCUUACUCCCGAGUCCACAAGCCUCUGUUGUUUUCUUACUGCCAACUGGACAAGGCAGAAUGGAUCGAGGGUAGAAUUAUUUUGGUAUGUACAGCUUUGUGGCAAGUUGAUAAUGUAAAUAUAACUUCUGGAACGCAAAUCUGUUGUAUUGACUCAAUACUGUUAGUUGACUGGUUUUUUUGGUCCAAUUCCUUAUAGAUCUACUUUCAGCAU